CUUCUUCCUUUGAAUUUUUACCGUGAUCACACACAAACACAUAUUAAUAUUCCAUGUUCUGAAUCUAUAAACCCUUUUCAACUAAAACCUCCAACGGAGAUCUCUACUCUUUUGCAUGCAGCAAUCCAUGGCUUCCAUGUCUAGAAUCAUUCUCGGAGACCAUAGGAUUGGGGCAUGUGAUGCGCUGCUUAAGCCAAAUUCUUGUAUUCCCACUCGGAUCAAGCUCCACAAUGCUCAUAUGGAUGUUAAAAGUGAGUUUUAUCUGCAUGAGAGUGGAAGAAGCUGUGGAAUCCGAAGCGAGUUGUGGGGUCCAGUUGUUGCUGUUGAAAGACUACCUUUACUCCAUCAAACGUCAAAAAGGAACUCUAAAAUAUUGUGCAAGGCUACAACAAACAUUUCUGGAGAAAUUCCUGAAAGUGCUGGGGGGAUGAGCCAGUAUGAGAAAGUGAUUGAAACCUUAACCACUCUUUUUCCUGUGUGGGUCAUCUUGGGGGCUAUCGUCGGCAUUUACAAGCCAGCUGCUGUAACUUGGUUGGAGACAGACCUUUUUACUCUUGGCUUGGGUUUCCUAAUGCUGUCCAUGGGCUUGACAUUGACAUUUGAGGAUUUCAGACGAUGUCUACGAAAUCCGUGGACUGUGGGUAUAGGGUUUCUUGCACAAUACUUUGUUAAACCCAUGCUAGGCUUUGCUGUUGCAAUGACUCUAAAACUUUCGGCUCCUCUUGCAACUGGUCUUAUUCUGGUCUCAUGUUGUCCUGGAGGUCAGGCGUCAAAUGUUGCAACAUACAUAUCCAAGGGAAAUGUUGCACUCUCUGUUCUUAUGACAACGUGUUCAACUAUUGGAGCUAUUGUUAUGACCCCACUCCUUACAAAGCUUCUUGCUGGUCAACUUGUUCCAGUUGAUGCUGCCGGUCUGGCAUUUAGUACCUUUCAGGUUGUUUUAGUCCCAACAACUGUGGGAGUUUUGGCUAAUGAGUUUUUCCCCAAGUUCACUUCAAAGAUAAUCAAGGUUACGCCUCUGAUAGGAGUUAUUUUGACCACUCUCCUUUGUGCAAGCCCAAUUGGACAAGUUUCAGAUGUAUUGAAAACUCAAGGAGCACAAUUAAUAUUGCCGGUUGUUUUUCUACAUGCUGCUGCAUUCGCUAUUGGUUAUUGGAUUUCAAAAUUAUCAUUUGGUGAAUCUACAUCACGCACAAUAUCUAUAGAGUGUGGGAUGCAGAGCUCUGCUCUUGGAUUUUUACUUGCUCAGAAGCACUUUACAAAUCCCCUUGUAGCUGUUCCUUCUGCUGUUAGUGUUGUCUGCAUGGCGCUUGGGGGGAGUGCUCUUGCUGUGUAUUGGAGGAAUAGACCAAUUCCCAUUGAUGACAAAGAUGACUUCAUGGAGUGAAAAUCAUGGCCUACCUUCUAUUGCAUUUCAUGCCCUAUAAAUAAUUCUUUUCUCCUCAUCUUUUGUGGGACGUUGGUUUCUGUAUUAGUUGAUAAAGAAGUUUUGAUUCUUGAAUGCAUGUAGUCGCGCAACAUGUUAGAACUUUAAGAAUUUAGGAUGAGCUUUCAACAAUUUAAAAUGGAGAGUGGCAACAAAUAUGCCCGUAGGAAUGCUUGUAAUAUUUCUUUGGGGUUAAUGUUCUUUUUCCCCAUUGCAUUUAGAAUCUAAAAGAUGGACAGAUUUUCAGGUAAUGGCAAGCAAAUAUUCACCCAUAUGCAGUGUUUGUGGGACAUUAU